GUUAAACCAGUCACACCGAGAAAACUGCAUAAUCCGGCAAAGGAACUACAGCGUCCAGUAACUAAAGACAUGCAGUAUGCUUACAAGGAGCUGCCGCUCCGGAAUCGGGCUUUCGCACCGUGCAUACCACAUUUAGAGAGAAAGAAAAAGCAGCUUGAUAAGAAAAUUAAGCGGAUGCAAAAUAAAUCAUGUACCGGCAAAUGA